AUGUGUCAACAACGCAUGCAGGAACCUCGUCUCCUAGAUUGUCUGCAUCCACUCUGCUUGAACUGCGUCAAGGCGUGUCGCUCUUUAGCUGAAGACUCGCCCUGGAGACGUCGUGAUGAGACUAAAGGCUGUCCAACCUGCGACCAUCCAUUUUCUUCACCAGAAAAACCACUACCACCGCCCCAUUAUCCUCUUCAGCAUCGAAUUCUUAUGGAUACUAUCAUCACUCAACAGCUGCUGUGCUACUGCGAUGGAUGUCACGGUCAAGUCCAGGCUUCACUCCAUUGCUCAACUUGUUUGAAAAACUUCUGCAAAAAUUGUGGCGCAGAGCAUCAGAAAAUACGAACGAGAACUGGAACACAUGAGAUAGUAGCUCUUUGGCAAGCUAAACGGUUCCGACGAACGACCGUGUGUUUAGAUCAUCCUCAACACUCGCUGAGAUUUUACUGCAUCGCUUGCCAACAGGUAACUUGCUGUGAGUGCAUGUGGAGAGAAUCGCAUCGAGGACACGCGUGUGAGAAUCAUAAAACUGCGGGUAGGACUGCUGCGAGAAUAUUAGCUAAUGCAAUUCAAGAUGCUAGAAUUUUAUUGAAUAGUCUUCUUGUGAAUUAUACACCGAAAUCUUUUUCAGCGGUUAAUUUGUAUCGAAAACGAUGUAGCUUUCUAAAUCAAAGAAUUAACUUGCAAGAAAAUGAAAAAGAAUUUUUACAUGCCCAACAAGCGAAACAAAGAAUUGAAGAAUUUAGAAGACUUGAAACUUCACGACAUCUUUUAGAUGCUAUUUCUCUAGCUGAACAACUUCUUGCUGAAGGUUUGGUAGCAGAGAUUCUUUGUCUAUCGAAGAUAAUCUUAAAGAGAUUACAAAAGUUAGGGUUACCUGUACAAUCAAGUUUUGGAAUAAGUGGUGUGUAUAGAGGAAAAAACCAUCCGGGAGUAUUUCAUUGCUGUACAUUUUGUUCGAGCGGAGGAAAAAAGGAAACUAUGUGUUUCUGUCAGGGAACUAUGCCUGGUGGAUACCGAGGAUGCGGACACGCUUAUUUUGGACAUCCUGGAGUUAAGCAUUGGUCUUGUUGCGGGUCUACAGAUCGUAAUAGUAGCUGCACGCAAUGGAAAAUUCGAAAUCCCUCUCAUUUUUCUUUUUAA